AUGGCGCUUCACAUUGGGGAGGAAGCUCCCAACUUCACCGCCGAGACCACCGAAGGAACCAUCGACUUCCACGAUUGGAUCGGCGACGGCUGGGCGAUUCUGUUCUCGCAUCCCAAGGACUUCACGCCGGUGUGCACCACCGAACUCGGCUACAUGGCCGGCCUCAAGUCGGAGUUCGCGAAGCGGAACUGCAAGGUCGUCGGCCUGAGCAUCGAUCCGGUCACCGAUCACAAGGAGUGGGCCAAGGACAUCGAGGAGACCCAGGGCCACGCGGUGAACUAUCCGAUCGUCGGCGACUCCGACAUGAAGGUGGCCAAGCUCUACGACAUGCUCCAUCCCGAGGCCAGCGGACCCUCCGAGGGCCGCACCGCCGCCGACAACGCCACCGUGCGCUCGGUGUUCGUCGUCGGGCCGGACAAGAAGAUCAAGCUGAUGCUCACCUAUCCCAUGACCACCGGACGCAACUUCGACGAGGUCCUGCGGGUGGUGGAUUCCAUGCAGCUCACCGCCAAACACCAGGUGGCGACGCCGGUCAACUGGAAAGCAGGCGACGACGUCAUCAUCGUGCCCUCGGUUUCGAACGAGCAGGCAAAAGAGAAAUACCCCGACGGCUGGAAGACCCUGAAGCCCUAUCUCAGGCUGGUCGCCCCGCCGAAGUAA